AUCUGUGCAAUGGUCUGACACAAUUUUAAAUCAUUUGCACCGAAAAUUGGACCAAAGACUAGUCCACCUGAACGUCACUGCGUACCAUCUGAAGCGCACUGUAAUAAAAAUUAUAUUCAUAUCAAAUUUAAUUCGCACCCCCAUCACGCAAGAGUAUCACUUCCCUCUGCUAUUCUGUUCUACGCUCUUCUAUAAGAUUGAAUUUUCAGCAUUUUGCAGGAAACAUGUCUUGAGUUGUGUCCACUAGUUUGUCUCUAGCUGCUUAUUGUAUAAAGGAAGGAGAUAUCAUGGAAGGAGACAGUAAGACUUGGGAUGGAGAUGACGCGCACAGCAAGAAAGAAAGUUGUUUGGUGAAGAUAAAAGUGUUGUUUUUUGCUAGAGCCCGCGAUCUUACUGGCCUGAGUGAGAUGCCAUUGGAAGUGCUAUCUGGAAGUACUACUAAUGAUUGUUUGAAAAAUAUUCUUGCCAAGUUUCCAAGUUUGGAAGAAAUACGAGGGUGCAUGGUUUUGGCUCUGAACGAGGAGUAUACAACGGAGUCAGCAAUGGUUAAAGACAAAGAUGAGUUGGCCAUAAUACCUCCAAUAAGUGGUGGUUGAACAACUUAAUUUAUUACUGCAGUGUACUUCCACUUUUGUACUCUCGUAAAUAUCAUUCUGAAAAAUUCUGAAUUUGAAUAAAUACUGAUAAGUUUAUAAGUAGUCAUUUGAGGGUAAUAAAGGUGUAGUUCUCAGGAGUUUAACCUUUCUCACCAUACAUGUUAACUGAUAAUUUUAUUGGGGAGUGUAGGUUGAUUGAAAAUAAUAUUUUAACCAAGAAGUUCAACCUUUUAUGAUGUCCAACUCUAUGAAAUUACCCUUCCACUAUGCGUAAUGAGAAUGAUUGUAAAUUGUAUACUU